AUGAGUAAAGACCCAGAACGUGGUUCGAACAUGGAUGAAAAUCUGCAUCCUCUGUUGGGCAUGGAUAGUGGCAGCGAAGCAAGCCUUCGACCCCUUCGUCCAAGAAACUUGCAGCUCAAUCGCAACCAACUUCCCAUGCUGACGAUUCAUGACAUAACUCCAUCAUCAGUAUCGUCGACUGUGAACAGCACACCUAUGUUGGAUCCAGACGGCAAUAACCCCAGGCCCUGGCGACGUGGAGAUCGUCGUCUACAGAGACUGAACACGGAACUCCUAGAAGCUAUUGAAGAACAUGAUAUGGAAGAGGUGGAAAAACUUCUGAAUGCCGGUGCUAAUCCUAAUGCAACAUGCCGUGUGGGUCUGGUAUCAGCCUGUCACAUGGCAGCCCUUAUUGGCGGAGAAGCUCUCUCCCUUCUCGUUAAGUUUGGAGCUGAAAAACUCAGAAGUGAUCGGCUCGGAAGAACCCCUCUACACUUAGCUGCGUAUGCUGGAAAUAUCAGACAAGUGGCGAUACUGUUAGAUUUCCCUGAAGAUAUGCAAAACAAAAUGGGUACAGAAAGUAUAUCUUCAGAGGCAGAGGAAGAUGUAAGAAACUGCUUUACCAUCACCAGGGCAUUGACGGAUGUGCGCUGUGACUUAGGCGAGGUGAAUACGGAGCUGCCUAAAACCUGGUGGGACAAUAUCGAUCAUGACUGCAAGGACAUAAAGGGCAGCAUGCCGCUUUUCCAACCUGGUUGGACACCUCUUCACGUCGCUAGCUCCUGCGCUCGGAAACACUGCACUCGCCUACUCCUAGCUGCUGGGGCUGAUCCUAACAUAAAAGAUUUGGAAGGUCGAACACCACUGGAUGUCGCUGGAUAUGCGUUUUACUAUGAAAAAGAGAUUAUUGAAGAUGAUCUAGUUAAUGUAAUAAAAAUGCUACUGAAAGCUGGUGGCACUUUUAACACCAUGAGGUCAAACACCGAUAAAUUUAACUACAUGGAUACACCACUGCAUACUGCGGUGGAGAUAGAAAGUUUAGAAGCAAUUCAAGAACUGCUCGACGCCGGUGUUUGGGUCUCAUGUCUUAACAAGGCUGGAGAAACGCCGUUACAUGUGUGCGUGAGAAGGGAAUUAGAAGAACAUUUGCAGCUCCUAGCAAAUUAUGAUUACGUGAAUGUAAAUCCGUUGCUGGCUAUUGUCGACGUUAAAGAUAAAAAUGGUCAUUCGGUGCUACAAGAAGCUGUCGAAACGGGUUGGGUCACUGGUGUUUGCACCGCCUUAGAAGCCGGUGCUGAUGUUACUUCUAAGGCUAAGGAUGGAGAAACUCCUAUCCAUUCAGCAGCGGCACGAGGGGACAUAAAUAUACUAAACGAAAUACUCAGUGUAGCCAAACAAAGAGAUGCUUUAGACUAUCAAAAUGAAGAAGGCGAGACAGCUUUAUACAAAGCAAUCAUUCAUGGUCACGUUGAUUGUGUAGCACAAAUACUCACUGAGGGAGCAAAUGUAAAAAUCAAUCUACCGGGUGACUUAAAUGUUUUACAUGUAGCUGCUGAUUAUGGACAUGUAGAUGUACUAAGAAUAUUACUUGGAUACAAUGAAGCUGUAACGGAAUCUUUAAUCAAUAAAUUAACAGCUGGAGACAAACGAGGCUUUAGUCCCUUACAUUUCGCCGUUUCAAAUAAUCAUAAAGAAUGUGUGGAAUUACUUUUAUCCAAAGGAGCCGACAUAAGACUAAGAUCAAGUUGCAGUCCGCACAAAUUGUCAACCCCCUUGCACAUAGCGGCAGCGAAGAACUACGUCGAUAUAGCAAAAAUAAUACUCAGUUUUGAUAGUACAACUGUACAUGAAGUCAACGGUAUGGGCUGGUUUCCUUUACAUACAGCUAGCCAUCAUGGCAGCAGGGACGUUAUAGCUCUGCUACUGAAAGAAGGCGCUGAUCUUUCAGGUUAUACUGACGGUCCUAAGAAAUAUAGACGAACAGCUAUUGAUAUGAUAAUUAAUAAUUUAUCAAAGCCUACAGAAUUUAUGGAAGAUAUUUUCGAUUCUUAUAUUUCUAGUAAUGGACAAGACUUACAAGAUCAUAACUGUAAAGUUACUGUCAACUAUGGAAUAUUAAUGCCUACAGUCUGUGAAAUGGAACAAAUGAAGGUCAUAGAAGCGCUCUUGAAAACCGGAAACAGAAACGGUCAAACCAGGCUGUUGGUCCAUCCAUUAGUAGAAAGCUUUCUAUAUUUGAAAUGGAAAGCACUUCUUCCAUUUUUUUACACAAUUAUAUGCGUCUAUGCUGUAUUUUUAGUAUCAUUAACAACAUUUGUAACUUCAGUAUUUUUCUAUAAAGAUACAGAAGAAGCAAUGCCGGCUUGGUUGGAUGUUACCAUUUGGGGUUACAUUGUUUACGUAUCAAUAUGUUUAAUAGUUUUACAAGAAAUCCUCUACAUGAACGUAAAGAGUAGCCGAUAUUUUUUACAACUGGAGACUUGGGUGAAAUUUGGAUCACUAGCAUUCUCUGUAAUCUUGCCCUAUGCAGUCAUAGUAGUACAGUUAAAUGAUGCAGAGUGGCCGCGACAUGUUGCGACCGUGGCGCUACUGUUAUCAUGGCUGGAAAUGAUGUUCUUGCUAUCCAGGUUCCCGAACUGGGGAUAUUAUGUUCUCAUGUUCGGUAAAGUUGCCACAAAUGUCAUAAAGAUUCUUCUGACGUUCGUAUUUUUAGUGAUUGGAUUUUCCUUUAGCUUCAUGAUACAAUUCAGGUCACAGAUGCCUUUUGAUGGGCCAUGGGCGGCACUCGUUAAGACCAUAGUUAUGAUGACAUCAGAAUUCGAUUACACAGCUCUUUUUGAUGAAGAGCAUUCCGAGCAAUUAGCAACUUCAUUGAUCAUAGUUAGAAUAAUUUUCCUAGUUUUCCUUAUCUUAGCUGCCAUAGUUCUGAUGAACUUGCUUGUUGGUGUAGCCGUUAAUGAUAUUAAUGAUCUAGAACUCCUUGGCAAUAUAAGAAGACUAGUUAAACAAGUAGAAUUUUUAGGAACACUUGAUACGCUCGUAUAUAAUAAAGUAUUCACAACAAUAUUGCCAAGAAGAGUAAAUCAGUCGUUAAAAAGAAAACGGAAAGUGAAUUCAAUAAUGGUGCUGAAUCCGGGGAAAUCUAGCUGGAGAUACACCAAGCUAUUACCUUCGAGGAUAAAAGAUGCUAUAUUUAAUAAAGCACAGAUACAAAAGAAACAAAUAGAUGACGAACAAGGCCUUCUAUCUUUUAAUAAGAAGUUGAACGAUAUGCAUGAUAUAUUAACUAGUAUCAGUGAAAAGAAAGAAGCAGAGCCCGCGCCGGAUCUCCAAAAAAAUUGUGGUGAUGAAGAUCCUAAAUCUAAAUGUAAAAUUGAUAAUUUAGUUUCUCAUUUAAAUGAAUUGGAUACAGUCAUAGGAGAUAUUAAGAACCAAACAACAGCACAGGCAGAAGAAUCGAAAUCUUCAAUAGCUGCGUUGAACUUUAAGUUAGAUCAAUUAUCUUCAGAAUUGCGAAUGACUAACAUGUUUUUGCUUGCAUUAGAGAAGAAACUUGCUAAAUGA